AUGGCCACCUUCUCGGAUCACGAGUUCUCGGAUCACGGGUUCUGGGGCAGCACCGGCCCGACACCCGACUUUACCCUCAAGUUUGAGGAGUUCAUCUUUAGCCUGGCCGUCUCCUCAUGCUUGGUGGUUGGAUCCAUCGUCUGCUUCUUUCGCCUGUAUCAAGUGCCCGUGUGCGUUCGGACGACGGCGCUCCUUUGGGUGAAGCUGUCCGUUUCAGCGCUUCUCGUUGCAGUACAGACAUCCUUUGUCGCCGUCAGGAUCACAUCGGGCAGACAGCUCACAAACGUCACCUCGGCCGCGGCGGCGGUCGAUCUACUCGCCGCUCUAUGCCUCGCCGGCCUCCUCGGCGCGGACCACCGGCGUCACAUCCGCUCCUCCGCGUGGCUCAGCGCCUAUCUCCUGGUCACCCUCCUCACCGACGCCGCACGAAGUCGCUCCCUGUUCCUCCGCCCGGGCCUGGCACCGCUCGGCGGCCUGGUCGCCGUCUCGAGCGCCCUCCGGCUCUCGCUGCUCGCUCUGCAGGAAGUCUCCAAGCGCUCUGCGCUGAUCGACCCCGCCCUCCGCAGCGAUGCCGGACCGGAGACCACGUGCGGUCCGCUGCGGCGACUGCUCUUCCUGUUCCUCGGCCCCGUCUUCGCGAUCGGUUCCCGACGCGGUCCUCCGCUGCUGCUGCGCCACCUCGACCGGCUGGACCCGGAGCUGUCGUCUGCGCUCCUCCAUCGGCGGCUCGCCCGCUACUGGAAGCCGCAUCGCCGACCGUCGCGGGCACGGAACGCGCUACUAGAGGCGUGCCUGAGGACGUGGAAGGGUCGCCUCCUCGGCCUGGUCGCCUCCCGGCUCGCCGUCACCGGGUUCACCUUUGCGCAGCCGUUUGUGAUCCGCUGCGUCGUCGGUAUCGUUGGGCGGGCCACCACCAGCAGCAGCAGCAGCAGCAGCAGCAGCAGCGAGGAGCGCGGGGGCGCGGUGGCGGCGGCGGCGCUGGUCUACUUUGGCGUCGCCCUCGCGCGGGCCUCGUAUUCGCACCGGACGAACCGCGUGGUGACCGGGUUGCGCGGCGCACUGAUCGCGGCGCUCUUCGACAAGGCGCACCGGCUGGCCGACGCGGCGGCGGCCUCGGCGACGACGCUGAUGAGCGCCGACAUGGACGGCAUCGCGGUCGGGGUCCCGCAGUGCCUCGAGAUUCCCAUCGGCGCGCUGGAGCUAAGCCUCGGCGUGUACCUGUUGUCCGAUUACAUUGGCGUGGCUGCCCUGGCGGUGCUGGGUCCGCUGGUGGUGACGACUGUGGUGGCGUAUCUGCUCGGCUGCGCCAUGUCGCCGCGGUUGUCGGCGUGGAACAGGAGCAUCGAGAGGAGGAUUGCGCACACGGGGAGGGUUUUGCCACAGCUUACGUCGAUCAAGAUGCUUGGACUAGGCCCGACGGUGGGCACGUUCCUGCAGCAACUUCGAGUGACCGAGAUUGGUGUCUCCAAGAGGUAUCGACGCUUGGAGGCUCUAUCUAUUGGGCCGAUUGUGUUUGGUGACUUGAUGACGCCCGUCAUUGUCAUCGCCUCCGGCUUUUUCGGACCUGCAUUUGACCACCGAAUUACAGCGGUCAAGGUAUUCCCGAUGCUUGCUGUCAUCUCGCUGGUCGUCCGGCCACUCGCCGCCGUCUUGAGAACAGUCUCUACCGUUUCAAGCACAUUGGUGUGCUUUUCUCGCAUCCAAGCUUUCUUGGAACUCGAUGAGCUUCGGGAUUCUCGGUCAAGGGUGGGAUCCAGAAACGCUGCGCAAGAUCGAGACGAGUCGCCUCCCAACACCCAAAGCAUCAUCACGUUGCGCCGCGCGGACAUUGCACCGCUUGGGGAAACCAGGCCAGUUCUCCGAGAUGUCGAUUUCGAGCUUGCUCCGGGCUCCGUCACGGGAGUGCUCGGUCCAACCGGCGCCGGCAAGUCCCUUUUCCUCCGUUCACUGCUCGGGGAGACCGAGGUACUGGCUGGCUCUAUCCAAGUCGGCUCCUCCGACAUUGCGUACUGCGGUCAAAAAGUAUGGUUGCGCAAUACGUCGAUUCGGAACAACGUCAUAGGCAGUUCUCCAUACGAUGAAGCCAAGUUUCAGAGAGUCAUUCGCGCCUGUUUUCUUGAAGAUGACCUCGCACGGCUACCGGACGGACAAGACUAUGUCGUCGGCAACAACGGCGCCAACUUGAGCGGCGGUCAACGUCAGCGCGUAGCUUUGGCCCGAGCCGCGUAUGCCGAGACUACAAUCGUCUUGCUGGACGAUGUAUUUAGCUCGCUCGAUGCCGUCACGGCGAUAUGCAUCCUCCAUCAGCUCUGCGGAACCAACGGACUGUUUCGUCAGUCCGGAGCCACCGUCUUGCUUGCCACAUACCUCCCCCAAAGCAGAGACGUGACGGACCAGAUCCUUUUCUUGAACGGUCGAGGAACUGCUACCCUAGAGACAGGGCUUGGAAGCCCGCUGCAUCACACGGAUCAUCUUGUUGCCGCCCUCCUCCCGUUGAACACAAACGUGUCACUUGUCCAUGAGAACAAGGAGCAGGACGUUAUACGCAGAUCCCUCGAAAGACACGAACCAGGUGCAGUUUCCCCGAACUCAAGUCUUCGGCAACGAGGUGGCUUUCACUUGUACAAGCUCUUCAUCAACCCCAUCGGAAAGUUCAAGUUCCUGCUCCACGCCCUGCUGGUCUCAUUUGGUUCUGCUCUCGAGAUCAUCCCCGGCAUCUACAUCCGGAUCUGGAUCCAAGUCGACCCCGCGAGCUCCGCCUUCUUCAUCGGCUAUGUCGCCGUCGCCGUCGCCGCGUGCAUCAACGGGCUGCUGGAGUACUGGGUUCUUCACGUCCUGCUCUCCCCGCGCUCCUCCGCCACCCUUCACGACAAGCUCGUCAGGACCACCAUGGGCUGCACGCUCGCCUUCUACUCUGCCACGAAGGUCGGGAGCUUGUUGAACCUGUUCAGCCAGGACAUGACGCUCAUCUCCCGGAGCCUGCCCGGCGCCUACAUGCGGACGAUUUACGCGAGCGCCAACGCGGCCAUCAACACGGGCGUCAUUCUGUCCGGGGCCACCUACCUCGCCGCCGUGCUGCCCGCGAUGCUCGUCGUGCUCUACUUCAUCCAGCGUUGCUAUCUCCGCACGUCGCGGCAGGUGCGCCACCUGGACCUAGAGAUGAAGACGCCGCUGUAUACGCUGUUCGAGGACACGGCCGCCGGACUGACGCACAUCCGGGCGUUUGGCUGGCAAGAGGCCAACAUGGAGGCCGCGCUAGCGGCGCUGGAAGACUCCCAGAAGCCGUACUACGUUCUGGCGGCGAUCCAAUGCUGGUUGUCGCUGGUGCUGGGUCUCGUCACCGGUUUUAUCGGAACGCUGCUCGUAGCGCUUACGCUGCUCAUACCAGGGAGCUCGUCGCAGCCUGCGGUCGGAUUGUCCUUUAUGGGGCUUCUGUAUCUCAGCCAGGCCCUCGAGGGGACCAUCACGGCGUUUACGACUUUGGAAACGUCCUCGAGCGCCCUGGCGAGGAUCUCCAUGUUCGGGAGCGACACGCCGCAAGAGAGGAGGAGGUCCGCGGUGACGGAGUUGCCGAGUAGCUGGCCGGCGCUUGGCAGCGUGCGAGUGCAGAACCUGUUCGCGUAUUACUCUCGAGACCCUGGAUCGAGACCGGUGCUGCAGAACCUGUCCUUGGUGGUCCGUCCAGGGGAGCGAAUCGGCAUAGCCGGGCGCAGUGGAAGCGGCAAGACUUCGCUUCUGCUCACGCUGCUUGGAUUUCUGGAAUUUGACGGCCGCGUCGAGAUUGACGGAAUCGCUGUGUCAUCUGUAGCACCGGAGGAGCUGCGAGCUCGAUCCAUCUCCAUCACGCAGGAUCAGGUUCAGUUUGACGCCACCAUUCGGACCAACUUGCUGCCACUUUCCAUGAACGAGGAUGGGAAGAAGGCGACGCACGUGGCUUACGCGGACAAGGCCGGGGAACAAGACGACGACUUGGAAAAAUUGCUGAAGAGUCUUCACAUCUGGGCGCCGACGAUUGACAAGGGCGGUCUCGAUGCCAUGCUGGAUGAGGUCGGGUACUCCAAGGGGCAGCUGCAGCUAAUGUGCAUCGCGCGAGCUAUCCUACGUCAGCGGGAGACGGGGUUCAAGGUUAUUCUGGUAGACGAGGCAACCAGCAGUGUUGAUGCUGAAACGGAGAGGGUUGUCCACCAGGCGAUGGAGGACCACUUUGGGGGCUGCACCGUGCUGACGAUUGCCCAUCGUCAGUCGAGCCUUGGUGGCGCUGACCGGAUUGUUCGCCUUGAUCGUGGUAUGCUUGCUGCUGAUGGUGAAGGGGAUUCCGACUCUGGAGAUUCAGGUGAUGAUUCGUGA